CGAGUUUACGUAGAGACGUGGAAAACGUCUAAACGGAAAUGUCUAGGGUUUCCUCCAUAGCAAGCUAAAGAUACAUUGUGCACUAUUGUUGAUUAGCAAUAGUAAAUAUAUUAGCUACCAAUAUAAUUUCUAACAAGGUUUGAAGUUAGAUAGUUACGUUGUAUCAUUAGACUCACAUCUGUUAAUUUCACUUUUAACGUGCACUUGCUGCAAGCAACGUUUUAGCCUGCUAGCUUGGUAGCUAGAAUGACAAGUAGGAUAGACUACAGCGUGUGGGACCACAUUGAGGUUUCAGAUGAUGAAGAUGACACUCAUCCAAACAUCGAUACACCCAGCCUUUUCAAAUGGAGACAUGAGGCGCGUGUGGAACGGAUGGACCAGUUCAUAAAGGCUGGGGAGGACCUGGAGAAGGGGCUAGCUGAAUCUAAGCGCAAGUUGACUGAAGCACAGAAGAAGACCAAGAAUCUGUCCAGUUCAGUCACGGACGAUGCCAAAGCAGAGCUGAGCAAGGCACAGGCCGAGGAGAAGAGGCUGAAGAAGGAGGAGCGAGACUGGGAGAAGAAACUGGAGGACCACCGGCGGGAAGAGAAGAAGAUGCCAUGGAAUGUAGACACACUCUGCAAGGAGGGCUUCAGCAAGAGUGUUAUGAAUGUUAAGCCAGAUGUGAAGGAGGAGACCGAGGAGCAGAAAGAGCAGAAACACAAGACCUUUGUGGAGAAGUAUGAGAAAGAGAUCAAACACUUUGGUAUGAUGAAACGCUGGGACGACAGCCAGAAGUACCUAUCAGACAACCCUCACCUGGUGUGUGAGGAGACGGCCAACUACCUAGUCAUCAUGUGCAUUGACCUGGAGGUGGAGGAGAAGAAAGCGCUGAUGGAGCAGGUGGCCCACCAGACCAUAGUGAUGCAGUUCAUCCUGGAGUUGGCUAAGAGCCUGAAGGUGGAUCCCCGCGGUUGCUUCCGUCAGUUCUUCGACAAGAUAAAGACUGCAGAUCAGCAGUAUCAGGAUGCCUUCAAUGAUGAGCUGGAGUCCUUUAAGGAGAGGGUGCGCGGCAGGGCCAAGAUCCGCAUCGAGAGGGCCAUGAAGGAGUACGAAGAGGAGGAGAGACAGAAACGCCUGGGGCCCGGAGGACUGGAUCCUGCCGAGGUGUAUGAGUCCUUACCUGAGGAGAUGCAGAAAUGUUUUGACGAGAAGGACAUUGCCAUGUUGCAGACUGUCAUCACGAAGCUGGACCCAACGGAGGCUAAGGUCCACAUGAAGAGAUGCAUUGACUCUGGGCUGUGGGUCCCUAACUCACGGGCAGACGAGGGAGACGACAAGGAGGAGGACGCUACUUAUGAAGAGCUGAAUAAGGAGAUGGGCGAACAGAAGAUAGAAUGAUUGACAUGAAUUGACUUUACAAUGAUAUUUUCAUCUAUGUAGUCGUCACUUCUAUUGCUACUCCCAAUGUUUUUUCAUGAAUUUCUCCUUAACGCUUUGGAACAAUGUAACCUCUCUGUGGCGAUGUCCACUCUUUGUGGACAAUAAUAUCACACCAAUAUCACUUGCUGAAUGCUCUUCUUUUUUUUAAACAAUUCUUGCUUGGGCCUUAUUAGUAAAGCUGUAUUCUUAAACGUGUGUGUGCCUGUA